AUGGAUGAAGGAAUGGCCAAUAAAUUACUUCAAUUUGCAAAUGAUAUUAAGGUUUUGGGUGUUUUGAACUGCGAAGGGGACGCUGCUGAUUUACAAAAGGAUUUAGAUCAUUUAGUGAGUUCAAAUGGAGCGAGUCAUCCACCAAUUAAACAGUACCUUUCUCCUCCAAACGUUGUAGCACUGAGAGGUCAGAAGCUGGAGUUGAGUUGCAUCUUUGGUGGCACGCCUUUACCAGAUAUUGUGUGGAAGAAGAAAGGAGGGAACCUUGCAUCUAACAGGUUUACAAUGAUUAACUAUGGCAAAACCUUGAAAAUAAGGAAAGUGGAUUUCCAAGAUGAAGGGACUUACGAAUGUACUGCCAGUAAUGGAGUUGGCAGUCAACAGAGCCAUGCUAUGGCUGUCACUGUGCAAGCUGCUCCAUUUUGGAUCACAGCACCAAAUGACACAAGUGCUGCUGAAGAAGAAUCUGUAAAGUUUGAGUGUAAAGCUAGUGGCAUUCCUGAGCCCAACCUGCAGUGGUUUGUCAAUGGUGUACCAUUAAAAGAAGCCAAAGAGAAUCCCAAGAGAAAGGUUGAAGGAAAUGUGAUGAAGAUUGAAAACUUAGCUAAAUCUGAUACUGCGGUUUACCAGUGUAAUGCUUCAAAUGUCCAUGGAUAUGCGUUUGCAGAUUUUUACUUGAAUGUUCUGGCUUUGCCCCCAACGAUUAUCGAGGCUCCAGAAGCAGAAUCGAGAGCUGUUGUGACUUCAACCGUCACUCUGCGAUGUCGAGCGUUUGGUGCCCCCCAACCUGUCAUAACCUGGGUGAGAAAUACCCAGGAAAUGACAGGAGGUCGUUAUCAGGUACUUGAAAAUGGGGACUUGAGAAUUAGUGAUGUUUUAGUAACAGACAAAGGUGAAUAUACAUGCUAUGCCACAAAUAAGUUUGGAGACAUUUCUGCAAGAGGCAGGCUGGAUGUCAAAGGCAAAACUAAAUAG